AUGGCUGUUCUGCUUGCUCACGGCGCGGAUCCGCAUCAGCCCUUGGCGGAAGGGACAUCUGCACUGCACGAGAUCUGUACCCGGCGCGGGCUGGUGACACCCAUCAUCGCCGCAGGCCACGACCUCGAAAGAAGAGAUGCCCAGGGUCAAACGCCGCUAUUGCGAGCCUGCGAACUGCGGCGGAAAAGCAGGUAUGCAGACUCGGAUGAGGGUGAUCGUGAGCACACUGCCCUCGCGCUCAUCCGGGCUGGGGCUAACAUCAACGCCGCUGACAAUUCCGGCUCCACGGCCCUGCACUAUGCCGUGCUGAACUAUCUGCGCAGAGUUGUUGAGGAACUUCUCGCCGCUUCCCGUCGAAAUGCAACUGCUUCUAACAACCGCAAAUGA